UUAGUUUUACUUUUUCACCGCUAGAUGCUUAUAGUGUUUCAUGUCCCACUAUGGAAUCAUAUGAAGAAUUAUAUUUUGUAAUUUAUAAUUUAUGACUUAUAGUUGAAGAAACAAACAUUAAAUAUAUUUUAUCAAUUGUAUGAGACACAGCACGAUUUCAAAAUUAUCCCGUACAUAAAAUUAUUAUCGAUAUGUUAUGUCGCGGAGUAUAGUAAAGGUUAUAUUUAAGAUGCACUGUCAAAGAAUAAUACACGAUUAUCGUACAAAAUGGUCAUAUUUAUAUUUGUUAUUUAUUAUAAAGUAACAACAUAUACUAUCAAAAAAGAGUUAAGUAAAAGUAAGAGUUUAAUAAUCAAUUAAACGUUCUGAUCAACUUUUAAUGGUAAAACAAAAUGAUGCCAAUGUCUAAUAUAUUUUGCUCAAUAUGCGAUAUGAAAAUUGAUCCUUCAUCUUCUGUAAAUAUAUUUUCUACAUCUUUCCCUCGUCAAGGAGAAUUGUUAGUAAAUUUUGUAUCACGAGUACUUCGUACAGCUACUUUUGAAUUACAAGACCCUUACAUUUGUUUGCAAUGUUACAAUUUGUUUCAAAUGUUAGAACAAGCACAGAAAACUGUUUUAAACAUACGUUGUGAGAUUUUGAAAAUAUAUCGUGCUCGUGAAAGAAGAAAAAAUGUUAAACGAUCAAUGUACGAUGGUACAAAAUUGAAUAUCAGUACAAACAUAGCAUUAGAAGCAAAAAAAUUAUAUAAUAGUAAUGAGAACUUAAAGAAGGUAUUGAAUUUACAAAAUGCUACUGAAGUAGAGGAAAUAGUACAAGAACAAUGUGUUCAAGAUAAUACAAUAAUGCAAAAUAUAAGUAUUUCAAAUACAAAAACAAAGAAACACUUAAAAAAGGAAACAAUCAAUUAUAAUGAAGCAGAUAGCACAAAGUCAUUUGAUUAUAAUAUUUAUGAUGAUAUAAAAGAAGAUGAAAUUUUAAAAAAUGAUAUAUUUCAUAAUUCAGUGGCAUUAACUAAUAGUGGUAACACAUGUAAUAUUAAUUCGCAAGGAAAUAUGCAUGCAUUAAAAAUUCAUGUUGGAGAGAAAAGCUGUAUUUCACUGACAGAUUCUGAAAGUGAAUCAAAAAACACUGUAAAAACAAAAUCCACAUUUUCUGACAAUAUAUUACAAAUACAAAAUGUUGAAAAUAUUAUAGAAGUAACAGAAAAUACUGUGAACACAACAGUGUCAGCAGUUGACCCAAUAAAAAUACCUAUAAAAUCAAUAAAGAUACCAAAGUAUGAUUUAAAAUCAUUAAAAUAUUCUUGUCCUAUUUGUGAUAAAGUAUGGAAAACAUCAACUGAAUUAAAAAUACACAUGAAAACUCAUUCAACAUUAAGACCAUACAUGUGUGAAAAAUGUGGUCAGGCAUAUAAACAUAAACAUGCAUUGGAAAUACAUGUUGGAAUGCAUAAUGGAAUAAAUCCAUUUCAGUGUAAUUUUUGUAAAAAAUGCUUUACACAAAAAGGAGCACUUAUGAGGCAUUUACCAAUGCAUACCGGUGAAAUGCCCUAUCAAUGUGAAUUGUGUGGUAAAAGAUUCAUACACCAUACAUCAUACAAUAUGCACAGAUUAUCACAUAGUGGUAAAAAAUCUUAUAAGUGUCAAAUGUGUGAUUUGUCUUUGCUUUCAACAUCUCAUUUAAAAAGGCAUAUGCGAGUUCAUACAGGUGAAAAACCAUAUAGCUGUACAGUGUGUGGAAAACGUUUUGCAGAACGAUAUAAUUUGCUUGCCCAUCAAAAAAUUCAUGAUCCACACGAAAAUAAGGCAAAGAAAGUUAAAGAAACGCAAUUCCAAUGUAAUCAUUGUAAUUUGAUAUUUAAACAGAAAAAAAGCUUAAAUGAUCAUAUGAAGUAUCAUUCUAAUGUGAAUAGUGAAUCUGAUUUUAAACAAUCACAAUGUACACUUCUUCAAGUUGAACCAGAACAUAAUGAACUAUCAAAAAGGGUAGAUUCUGAACACAGUGUAUUACAAGAAACUUGGAUUCAAAUGAAUCGUUCUAAACUAGAUAUUAUUGACAAUCAAGCAAGAUUUGUACUUCUACAAAAUUCUUUACCUCAAAUUGGCGAAAAUUCCUUUGCAGUUACAUUUAGUGACCAAAAAAUAUCCUUGGGAAGUACAAACUAUGAUACAAAUUUACAUGUAAUCAUAGAACCAUCAGAUAUAUCACUUUUAAGCAAUAAUCUUCCUUCUAUUGAUAAAAUGCAAAUGUGA